CCCUAGAAUCAAGGAUUUUGCACGAAACGUGUUCAGUGUGCACAAAAUGUGCUCGGUGUCUGGGGGCCUGGGUGGCCCCCCGACCCCCGCCUAAUUUCCUGCCUCCUCCAAAUUGAAGGUUAAUUUACGGCCCUGUGUUAUAGAUGAACUUGAGAUAAUAAAUAUCUUUUCCUUUGAAUCUUUUUGAAGAAAAACCACAUCCGGGCAUCUCUCCUUGUUGUAACAGGAAUAGAAAUUACACAUUACGUAGGUGCUGUCUGAGAAACCCCCUCAAAAUUGCAGCUCUAUUUUUAACAUCUGCCUGAACGGAAGGUUGGGCAGCUGGCAUUGUGAUCCGAAAUCGAUCAAGUAUCAGAACAGUGUUUGUGAACGGGUCAGUUAUGUCUGCGGAAAAAUCUCAGCCUCCUCCGGAUUACAACCAGGUAACUAACCCUGGUGCACAACCACAGUUUGCUUACGGAAACCAGUACAAUCAGUACCCGGGUCAGUACCCUGAAGGUCAAAGUCAAUAUCCUGGAGGUCAAAGUCAACAUCCUGGAGGUCAAUAUGCAGGAGGUUAUUAUCCACAGCAAGGUGGUGUUCAGAACCAAUAUCCGAGCCAUCAAUAUUACCCAGUAGGUGGCACUCCAGGUCAAUAUCCGCAAGGGGGCGGAGCUCCACCAGGAAAUGUUGUGGUUACUCAGCCUGGCCCAGCCACGAUGGUCAUCUCCCAGCCUCCACAACAAGAUUGGAUGGUACCCGCCAUUCUCUCCUGCCUCUGCUGUUUUUGGCCUACGGGAAUAUUUGCUAUACUUGCAGCUAACAGGGCAAAAAAUGCAGCUGCUGUUGGAAACGCGGUGGAAGCACAGGAGCAGUCGAGGCGCGCACGCACCCUUGUGAUCACUUCCGUUGUAAUCGGGAUUAUCGUCAUUGGUCUGUCAAUUGUUUUGCGUGUCAUUGUCUAUUCGAGUUAUAAUAGUUACUACUAGACUCCAGAUUGAUGAUACCAGCAAUUUCCCCAUGAAUGUGGAGGGUGCAUUCUGAGUUAACUAUGAUACCUUUCUGAUCGUUGGCUCAAACAACAAAUUGUUUAAUCGCUUUAUAGGUACCAAAUUUAAUUUCGCCUGUGAAAUAUAUUGUUCGUUGUCUAUGGUAAAUCUUUAGCUUGUCUGAGUCCAAAACUCAAGUAAGCUGUCCUGAUCAAAUGUGUGUCUGGUGUAACUUGUUUAAGUUUUUUUUGUCUUCCUGCAUUUUCAAGUAUAUGUGAGGGAAAGGUAAUUAAUUCAAAUUUCCUAUCAACCGCCUUGUUGAUCUUUGAGAUGGGACCACAAAGUCUGUAACUCUUAUUCAAAGAUAGCCUGUACAUGUAAUACUUCUUACAUGCAAUAAGUCUCACACAAAGAAAACCUUUACAAAUAAUAAUUCUUAUACAAAGAUAACCUUUACAUGCAAUAACUCUUAAACUCUUACACAAAAAUAGCCUGUACGUGUAAUAAUUGUUACACAAGGAUAACCUGUACAUGCAAUAACUCUUACACAAAAAUAGCCUGUACAUGUAAUAACUCUCACACAAAGAUAGCCUGUACAUGUAAUGACUCGCACACAAAAGUAGCCUGUACAUGUACAUGUAAAAACUCUUACACCAACAUGAUCACAAAUUAUAAUAAAAGCGUAAUCCUUUAGUUUACUAUCCAUGUCUGGGAAACGUUUUAAACCACAAUUGGCUGUCCAAGCUUUAUCAUGGUAAGCGUCAAAUGUUAUGUAUGGCUGAAGCUAUAUUUCAAAUAUUUCAUAAUUAAGAAAUGAAAGGUUAUACCUGUAAACAGCACAAAUAAAGGGAAGGAAAUUUUAAUGAGCCAUUUUGUCCUCACUGUGCCUUGCAUUUAUCUACAAAAGUUUAUAUUAGAUUCACGAAAAGGGAGGUGACUCAGGUGAGCUUUGUGGCCUAUGUGCCUUUAGUUAUUUAGAGACACUAAGAUUUUUUGUAUAUUGACAUACCUCUAGAAUGGCAUUUACUAUGUACUAUAUUCUGUAUGUAUACAUCUAAUUGUAUAAUGUAUUGUUGUACGAUGUGUAAUACAAUAUACAUAUAUGUUAGAUAUAGAUUUAAUCUUGCAUGGAUAUAUUUUACACAAACAUCAUGAUUUGUAAAUUUUCGUACAUAAAAAUGGAUCUUUGUAAUUAAAUUAAUAUUCCAUUA